AUGGUGUACAGAGAAUGUGAAAAGGUGCAAGUUGAAUUCUAUAUGAAUGAAAAUACAUUUAAAGAGAGACUAAAGCUCUUCUUCAUCAAAAACCAAAGAUCAAGUCUGAGAAUACGAUUAUUCAAUUUUUCUCUCAAGCUCCUAAGCUGUUUCUUAUACAUCAUUCGUGUGCUUCUGGAUGACCCUACACAAGGACUUGUAUGUAAGGAAUUAAACCGGAGUUGUUCCAAUCAAAACUACACACCUGGAACAAUUGAUUGGUCUCCUAUUAUUUGGGUGAAUCGAAGCUUGCCUUUGUGGGGAUUACAGGUUUCUGUGGCUUUAAUAAGUCUCUUUGAAACUCUGCUGCUGAGUUAUCUAAGCUACAAGGGAAAUAUCUGGGAACAAAUUCUGAGAAUACCCUUUCUCCUGGAAAUAAUUAAUGCUGUCCCUUUCAUCAUCACGAUUUUCUGGCCAGUCCUAAGAAACCUGUUUAUUCCUGUUUUUUUAAAUUGUUGGCUGGCAAAGCAUGCUUUAGAGAAUAUGAUUAAUGAUCUUCACAGAGCCAUCCAACGCACACAGUCUGCAAUGUUUAACCAAGUCCUCAUUUUAAUAUCUACCUUACUAUGUCUUAUCUUCACCUGUAUUUGUGGAAUUCAGCAUCUGGAACGAGCAGGAAACAGGUUGACUCUCUUUGACUCCCUUUAUUUCUGCAUAGUGACAUUUUCCACUGUGGGCUUUGGGGAUGUUACACCCAAGAUAUGGCCUUCAAAGCUGCUUGUUGUCAUUAUGAUCUGUGUUGCUCUUGUGGUGUUGCCCAUACAGUUUGAACAGCUGGCAUAUUUGUGGAUGGAGAGACAAAAGUCUGGUGGUAACUACAGUCGACACAGAGCUCAGACGGAAAAACAUGUUGUGUUGUGUGUUAGCUCUCUGAAGAUUGACUUACUUAUGGAUUUCUUAAAUGAAUUCUAUGCUCACCCCAGAUUGCAGGACUAUUAUGUUGUUAUUUUGUGUCCUACUGAGAUGGAUGCUCAGGUCCGAAGGGUGUUACAAAUCCCAAUGUGGUCCCAAAGAGUUAUCUAUCUGCAAGGCUCAGCACUAAAAGAUCAAGACCUGUUGAGAGCUAAAAUGGAUGACGCUGAAGCUUGUUUCAUUCUGAGUAGUCGCUGUGAGGUGGACCGAACAGCAGCUGAUCAUCAAACCAUUUUAAGAGCAUGGGCAGUUAAAGACUUUGCUCCAAAUUGUCCUUUGUAUGUCCAAAUACUGAAGCCUGAGAAUAAAUUCCACAUCAAGUUUGCAGAUCAUGUUGUGUGUGAAGAGGAAUUCAAAUAUGCUAUGCUAGCUCUAAAUUGUAUAUGCCCAGCUACCUCUACAUUAAUCACACUGCUGGUUCAUACAUCUAGGGGACAAACAGCCCCAUGGGAAGCUUUUAGACAACUAACUGGAACGAAGCAGACUUUAAACAGGGAGAGUCAGCAAUCACCAGAACAAUGGCAGAAAAUGUAUGGCAGAUGCUCUGGUAACGAAGUGUAUCACAUUAACCUGGAAGAAAGUACUUUUUUUGCUGAAUAUGAGGGGAAAAGCUUCACAUAUGCUUCUUUCCAUGCACAUAAAAAGUUUGGAGUCUGUCUGAUUGGUGUUAGAAAGGAAGAUAACAAAAACAUUUUGCUGAAUCCAGGUCCUCGAUAUAUCAUGAGUUCUACAGAUAUAUGCUUUUACAUAAAUAUCACCAAAGAAGAGAAUUCUGCUUUUAAGAAACAAGAAAAACAUAGAAAAAAACAUGAAUCAAAAUUAUCUUAUCAUGGAGCUUCUAGGUUACCUGUACACAGUAUAAUAGCCAGCAUGGGGACAGUGGCUAUCGACUUACAAGAUACAGGAUGCCGAACAUCCAGUGGACCUACGCUAGCUCUUCCUUCUGAGGGAGGUAAAGAGGGCAGACGGCCCAGUAUAGCACCUGUUUUGGAGGUUGCAGACUCAUCCUCGCUUCAGACAUGCGACCUGCUAAGUGACCAGUCAGAAGAUGAAACUACCCCAUCAGAUGAUGAAGUCUCUGCAGGUUUAGAGUAUGCCAAAGGCUAUCCUCCUUACUCUCCAUAUAUCGGAAGCUCUCCCACCUUUUGUCAUCUUCUGCAUGAAAAAGUACCCUUCUGUUGUUUAAGACUAGAUAAGGGAUGCCAGCAUAACUACUAUGAAGAUGCCAAAGCCUAUGGAUUCAAAAAUAAAUUGAUUAUAGUUGCAGCAGAAACUGCUGGAAAUGGCUUAUAUAACUUUAUUGUUCCACUCAGAGCUUAUUACCGACCAAAGAAAGAACUAAAUCCCAUUGUAUUACUCCUGGAUAACCCGCCAGAUAUGCAUUUUCUGGAUGCAAUCUGUUGGUUUCCAAUGGUUUACUACAUGGUGGGCUCUAUCGACAACCUAGAUGACUUAUUAAGAUGUGGGGUCACCUUUGCAGCUAAUAUGGUGGUGGUCGACAAAGAAAGUACAAUGAGUGCUGAAGAAGACUACAUGGCAGAUGCUAAGACUAUUGUAAAUGUUCAAACACUCUUUAGGUUGUUCUCAAGCCUAAGCAUUAUCACAGAACUAACUCACCCAGCCAAUAUGAGAUUCAUGCAGUUCAGAGCCAAAGACUGCUAUUCUCUUGCUCUAUCCAAAUUAGAAAAGAAAGAGCGAGAGAAGGGAUCUAAUCUGGCAUUUAUGUUUCGGCUGCCUUUUGCUGCUGGCAGGGUUUUCAGCAUCAGUAUGUUGGAUACGCUGCUUUAUCAGUCAUUUGUGAAAGAUUAUAUGAUUUCUAUCACAAGACUUCUGCUGGGACUUGAUACCACACCAGGAUCUGGGUUUCUCUGUUCUAUGAAAAUCACAGAAGAGGAUCUGUGGAUUAGGACAUAUGCCAGACUAUAUCAGAAACUUUGUUCUUCUACGGGAGACAUUCCGAUUGGAGUUUAUAGGACAGAAUCACAAAAGCUUACAACAUCCGAGUCUCAAAUAUCUAUCAGUGUGGAGGAAUGGGAAGACACUAAAGACACCAAAGAACAGACUAGUUAUCGUAGUAAUCAUCGUAACUCAACAUCUAGUGAUCAGUCUGAUCAUCCCCUGUUACGACGAAAAAGCAUGCAGUGGGCCCGACGGCUGAGCAGAAGAGUACCAAGACACUCUGGGAAAACAGCUGAGAAGAUAAAUCAGCAGCGAAUGAACCUUUACAGGAGGUCAGAAAGACAGGAGCUUGCUGAACUUGUGAAAAACAGAAUGAAGCAUCUGGGCCUUUCUCCAGCAGGAUAUGAUGAAAUGAAUGAUCAUCAGAACACCCUUUCUUACAUCCUGAUCAAUCCAUCUCCAGAUACAAGAUUAGAGCUGAAUGAUAUCGUAUACUUGAUCCGACCUGAUCCAUUGGCUUAUGUUCCAAAUACUGCACCCAGCCGAAAAGACAGCUUCUGCCAUACAGUGGGACAAGACACCAGGGAGGAAACACAACUUUGAUACGUAACUCAUCACAAAAUUAAGAGACAAUUUUAUACACAUGUAGUUUCCACUAACCAUUUUGCAAACUGAGUGGUACAUUUAAUUCAGGUUUUGGAAACAAAAUGACAGUGGGUAAGUGACCAAAUUUAGAAAUGUGGUGUCUAGAAACUGAUUUAAGGGAUCGUCAGGCUUGUGGCCUGUUCAAUACGGUAGUUGAAUGUUGUCAGUUUGACAGAAUUUUGACACUUAUUACUAUUUAAUUGAUAUGAACAAAUGAUUUUAAAAGUGACAGAUUCCAUCAUGUGUUUUGCUUAGAUGCUUCUAAGCCUAUUUAUCAAGGUGACAGCAUGUCAAUGACUAAGCUUCUGACCUACAUCAGUAAAGAUUAUCUGAUGCCCAUAGAGACCAUGCAUAAUUUGUAGUAGAAAAUAUGUUAAUACCUAAAGCUGCCAAUGAAGCUGUGUGUCAAGAAUCCAGCUUUUGAAAUAAUUUUCAAUAUCUCAGCCUGUCACCCAUUUAUAUUAGAACAGGCUAGCUUCAGUCUAUUUUAGCCUCCAGGACCUGAGUGUUAGUUCUCUGGGUUUACAGAGAUGGGGUUGAAUGACACAGCCUAGUCACACCACAGAGAUUGAGAUCUGAGGCAUAUCCACUGAAAGAUUUGCUCAGAGGAGCUCACCUGGAGGAAAGUCCCUAUCAUCUCACACAAGCAACACCCCUCAUUUGCAAAAACUGGGAAGACACUGUCUGUGUGAAGCUACAAACAAUGGUAGCUCAGGUGAAACCUUUUAACCUUAGUUUGUCAACAGAAGCCUGAACAGAUUGUGAUACAAGUGUGAUACAUCCCUCUAGGGAGCAAUUCAUACCACAGGUCUUUCCCAUUUCCAUGAAUAUGCCAGAACUGCAACUGUCCAAAGUAAGUACAUGCCCAGUCAUUCAGAUUAUCCAAAUUUCAUAUGAAAAUGAAAAUUUUUAUAUUGAAAAUGAAAAUUUUCAUAUUGAAAAUUUAAUUUUGAAAAUUAAAGAAAUUUAUAACCCAUUCCAUAAAACAAAUAUAAUGCCACGUUAUGUGAAAAGACAGCAUGGAUUUGAAGACUCCAUUUUGUCAUUAAGUACACAAGAAAGCAUCUGCUAGUGUAUGAAACAUCUGAAGCUGCUACAGAAUCUCCAGUCUACACAUACAAGAAUGCCACAAUUGGUCAAGCUUUCUACAGAAUUAAGCAUGCCUGUACGUGAUCUUCCAGAAUCAUAUUCUUGCCUUGCCAUCUGUCACAAAGUGGGAAGUUAUGCUUAAGGUAAAAACCCUAGUAUUACAAUUAUCCAUAUAGAACUGGUACAAGAUAUCUGGCAGGUAGCCAAAUGGAAAAAUCAAUGGAAAAAUUGAUUAUUCUUUGAAUUCCCUUUAUGUCCUGCCUGUACAAAAAAUUCAGUCAAAAUUGUUUAUGUUCUUUUCUAUCUUAUUUGGUAGAAUAACUAUAAUUUAUUUCUGAAAAAUAAAAUUCCAGGUUGGCCAGUGAACAACUCAUGGAUAUGAGUACACUUAUCAGCGUUGUAAGGAUGCUGAAAUCCUCACAUUUUUAUUGGGAAUGACAGCAAAUCAGCUAUUAUUCCCUCCCUUCUUCUUAGUUAUUUCAAAACUUAACUAAUCUGUUCAAUAUUGUCAGAAAUCCUACAACCAGUUAUUAAAAAACUCACAGAGAUCUCAGAGUUGACCGAAGCUAUCAGAAGACCAAGAGCACUAGUUUUAAAAGGAAAAAGGAUAGCUGGAGAGUAGGGUUUCUCAGCAAUCUUUUGAAUAUAGACAAAGUAGCAUCGUGGUUCAGGGGGAUUUCAGUGGUUCUGCAGAGUGGUUUUCCCCACACUAGCCAUUUAUUGAA